AUGAAUUUCCAGUCCACUAAUGGUGAAGACUUGUACUGGGAAGGUGAGGAAGAUGCCUCCGACGAGUUCCUGGAGGUAAAGCCUGAAGACGUCGGCAUCAGUGGUCGCAUCAAGCGACAUAUUCAAGGAUUCUUCGAUUUCUUAUCACCAUUCACCACAUCGAGUACUACUUCGGAGACACCAGAACCAGAAACCUCCACAAACGAUCCUGAUGAUUACGUAGAGGAACUGUCACGCGUUUCCAACGAAUUUUCAUGCAAAGUGACUUUGGACAUAGUGACGGCCGGAUACGACAACACUGACAGGAUCACUCAAGUUCUUCAGGAUCACAUCAGGAACAGAAGGAAGUUGGGUUCAAUAGAAGUCAGUGACGCAGACUUCAGCGCGCACGUAAUCGACCCUGGUCUCGUAACUUGUAAUGAGGAUGAAAUAAGAUGCGGUGACGAUACCUGUGUGGACGGAACCUCGCGCUGCAACGGCUUCAAUGACUGUUUUGAUGGAGCUGACGAGGAGAACUGUCCUAAUUUUGGUUGGGACAACAUAGGCCAAUCCGAAGUGUCCUCAGAUUGCGUACGUAAUGUUACUUGCAUCGGUACAUCACAAACAAUCUGCGAAUCACAGCGAUGUGAUGGUAUUGUUGAUUGUGAGCAAGGCGAUGAUGAAACCAACUGUAUAGAUGAUAGCGAUUCAGGCCCCGGCAGAACACCAGACUUUAUCGAUGAGACCACACCGACCAUUAACACGUUUGAAGUGACCGCGACCCCACCACCGACCCCACCACCGACCCCGCAACCGACACUACCACCUACAACACCGGUCACCGCACGGAGGGCAGAUGAUACUCAACAACGAAUGCUUCCUAAUACCUGUCCCCCCGGCGAAUUCUCCUGUGAUGAAACACGUUGCGUUAGCUUCAACGCUCGCUGCGACGGCGUGGCAGAUUGCGAUGACGAAUCUGACGAAGGGGGCUGCGACCUUAGUGAGUACUAA